AAGGCCCUUUAAAGGGCUGCCUUGCUAGACUCCAGUGUCCACACUCCAUAGUACUGCUCCAGCAGUCCAGAGAGGCGCCAUAGCCCACCAUCACUUAGUCUGAAAGCAUCAUCAAUCUUGUCACGGUUGCCACCAAAAGGAGAGAUCCAUCUUAGAAUUUUCAUCCCCAAGAACCACUUUGAUCGAUCGCAAAUAUGAAGGCAUAUAUGGAGGGAGGCCAGUUGGGGACUUGCCUUCCUAACUUCCUCGUGCCGGAUCACUACGCCUUCCCUCUUCCUCCCCAACUUCAACUACCGAGCCAAUCAAAGCUUCUCCAGAUGCCAUUUGACCAGGUAGAAGAAGCCGGGAACCAGGGCGUGACGCUCUCCUCCGACCAUUGUGGGCUAUACCCGCUGCCGGCGCUGCCGUUUGGCUGCUCCGGUGCAGCCAUGGCCGUCUGCAGCGGGAAGCCAACGGCCGGUUUGAUUCCUAGUAUUGGCCCUGAGGAGGUGUGCACCUCGGUGACGAAAGGUUGCAAUGAGAGUACUACUUGUAAUGGCUCUAGCACAUGGUGGAAGGGCUCGGCUACGAUGGCGGAAAGAGGUAAGAUGAAGGUGAGGAGGAAGAUGAGGGAGCCGAGGUUCUGCUUCCAGACCAGAAGCGACGUGGAUGUGCUGGAUGAUGGUUACAAGUGGAGGAAGUACGGGCAGAAGGUUGUCAAGAACAGCCUCCAUCCGAGGAGCUACUUCCGGUGCACCCACAGCAACUGCCGCGUGAAGAAGCGCGUGGAGCGGCUGUCGACGGACUGCCGCAUGGUGAUCACCACGUACGAGGGCCGCCACACGCACUUCCCCUGCAGCGACGACGCCACCUCCGGCGACCACACCGACUGCUUCAGCUCCUUCUGAAACAGAAGCUAGCGCGCUGCGUGCACAGUUUAAGUUUUAGCUCAGAAGCAUGAGCAACGCAAGAGCCCCAAGCAUUAGUAGUAUGCUUCAAAACCAUGCUCCUCAGUUUUGAUGGACGAGAGGACGCGUCGCGCGUACGCCCUGCUGCUAAGCGCGCGGAUGAUCGAUCCAUCUCUUGCAGGCAAUUAAUAAAGCUAUAUUUCUUUCUUUGUGUAUAUGCUACUGCUAGUUAACCUCCGAAAUGAGCAGCUUUUUUCAUUGGAGAAAGAGAAAGAAAAGCAAGCAUGGAUGCACGUAUGCCUGAAAGGCAGGUAGAGGUGUAGAGCAGGAGAUGUACGUACCCAGGCGAUCCGGUUGGCCGUAUGCAUGUAAAUAUUAGAUCGUGCCUACAUAACGUACUACGGUGGCCGGGCGACGCCUGACAGGACAAGAAGAGCUAGCGGCACACCUUUAUGUACACUAAUGAUUGUGGAACAGGCACCUGUUUCACUGACCGAAAACGAACACGGGCUUCCAAACAAACCGCCAUUAAUUCGAGCUUUUGGUGUUCUUCAGACAUCGAAGACAUGGGGUUGCAAAGUCAUGAUAUAUACUCCCUUCGGAGGUCAUAAAUACUUUUCGUUUU